UAAUAAGAUAAAGUCACAUAACUUUUUUGGAAUGCUUUCAACUGAUGUUAAGGUACAAAAAAGGUAAUACAUAGAAAAUUCUGCCUACAACACUUGUCUAAAAUGAUAACUUGACACUACUGUAAACACAAACGCAAUAUUGUAAUAUUCACUUGUUUAUAUUUGACCAUAUUUGAGUUGUUUCCUGGAACUGCACAACAGGAACUGAAAAGAAGUGAGUCAUGUGACCUGUAAUGACUACUUGGGAAGGAAAUAACACAGCUGCCAAAAACGAGUAAUUAAAAACAGAGCAGAGUGCUGCCUGGAAAACAGCAAAAGAAGAACAUGGGUUACCUCAUUCAAAUGCUGCUCGCUCUAUUCAUCUCUGUCAUAGGUGGUCUUUACCUUCUGGGGGUUUUUCGCUGCCGACGCACUAGAGAACCCCCUCUGGAUAAAGGUCUUAUUCCCUGGCUUGGCCAUAUACUGGAAUUCAGAAAGGACACUGCAAAAUUCCUGCAGAGAAUGAAGGAAAAGCAUGGAGAUAUUUUCACAGUACAGCUGGGUGGGUUUUAUUUCACUUUCAUUACAGACCCACUCUCUUUUGGUGCUGUGGUCAAAGAGGCAAGAACAAAACUAGACUUUACCAAGUUUGCAGAGCAACUGGUUGCAAGAGUUUUUGGCUAUCAUUCCAUGGAAAGCAUGCACAAGUUACUCCAAUCUUCAAGCACAAAAUAUCUCAUGGGAGAUGGUCUGGUUGUCAUGACUCAGGCCAUGAUGAACAAUCUUCAGAACUUGAUGCUCCAUAGUGUUGUAUCUGGGAAUGACAAGGCUUGGCAAGAAACUGGACUGUUUGCUUACAGCUACAACAUUGUCUUCCGUGCUGGCUACCUGGCGCUUUUUGGUAAUGAGUCUCCCAAGAGUACAGGGUCUUCAGAAGAAGCUAAGGAAAUUGACAGGCAACACUCAGAGGAACUUUUCUGGGAGUUCAGAAAGUAUGACCAGCUCUUCCCCAAUCUGGCUUAUGGGAUCCAGAGCCCUGGCGAGAAGAUAGAAGCAGAACGUUUGAAGAAGCUUUUCUGGAAUAUGCUCUCGGUGCAGAAAAUGAGCUCCAGGGACAACAUCAGCGGCUGGGUGCAAGAACAGCAACAGGCCAGGGCUGAGAAGGGCGUGCAAGAGUUUAUGCGGGAUCGGUACAUGUUUCUACUUCUCUGGGCAUCUCAAGGAAACACGGGUCCUGCAGCCUUCUGGCUUCUCUUGUAUCUCAUGAAGCACCCUGAUGCAAUGGCAGCUGUCAAGAAGGAAGUUGAGGAGGUUCUCAGAGAAACCGGGCAGGAGGUAAAGCCUGGUGGGCCACUAAUUGACCUGACCAGAGACAUGCUCCUAAAAACGCCUGUCCUAGACAGUGCAGUGGAGGAGACCCUCCGUCUUAUGGCUGCACCUGUCCUUACCAGAGCUGUUCUGCAGGAUAUGACCAUCAACAUGGCCAAUGGACAACAGUACGACAUCCGCAAGGGUGACAGGGUGGCGGUUUUCCCCUACACUGCUGUUCAGGUGGACCCAGAGGUGUACCCGGAUCCCCUCACUUUCAAGUAUGACCGUUUUCUCACACCAGAUGGAAGCAAAAAGACUGAUUUCUACAAGGCUGGAAAGAAACUCAAGUAUUACAACAUGCCGUGGGGUGCUGGAACCACCAUGUGUCCAGGAAGAUUCUUCGCCACCAAUGAGCUAAAGCAGUUUGUCUUUCUCAUGCUGACCUACUUUGACUUUGAGCUGAAAAACCCGCAUGAAGAGAUUCCAGGAUUGGGUGGCACUGAAACUGCAGGAAGGAACCGUAAGCGUUGGGUCACUCUAUGCAGGCAGACGUUUGGGGUCGCCACAGCAGACCAUCAGUGAUCCACAUAUUUGACUUGGCACAGGUUUUACGUCGAAUGCCCUUCCUGACGCAACCCCCUUUGGCUGGGGGACUCUCACUCACACCUAUGGGGCAAUUUAGAGUCUCCAGUUCACUUAACCUGCAUGUUUUUGGACUUAUGUGGGAAACCAGAGCACCCAGAGGAAACCCACGUGAACACAAUGAGAAUAUGCAAACUCCACACAGAAAGGCCCAGUUGAGCCAGGACUCGAACCCGGGACCUUCUUGCUGUGAGGCAAAAGUGCCGCCCCAAAAUGCAGAAUUAUAAUAAGAAUUUGAAUAUAAGGAAGUGUAAUUAAAAUGGAAUUAAGGAAUUCAUGUAUCUGCUGUGUAGAUUUUUAAUAAUACAUUACAAAUUUUUGGUAUAAAUGCAUGUCAUCAUACAACAUAUGGGGUAUUUCCAGAAUUGAUAUGAGCUGAAUAUGCAGUGGACAAAUCAAAUAUGGAGACUAUGGUGCAUGUUGGACUGGUUGGACCUGCACCGUAUAUAUAAUAUUGGAUUUGUGUGCCACAUACUCAGGUCAUCAAUGAUUUAAGGGUGAAAAACAACUUUAAUUUCAGUCUGUUCAUCACAAAGUAUGGCUUCAGAAGACUUGGAAUAGGGCAUUAGUUGUAUUGAUUACUUUUGAUAUUUGUUUGUCCUUUACCUGAAUUAUUCAGUGGACAUCAAAGGCCUGUUUUGGUGCAGCCUUGCUACUUCAACAUGUUUACUAUCCGAAUGAUCUGCUCUGACCUCUGGUAUGGAUUACAGGGUUGAAAUGGCCAAAAAAAAAAAAAAACAGUGAAAAAAAAAAAAAAGUAAGACUUUGUCUUAAGUUUGGAAUUUUGCAAGUUUGGCUGUCAAAAUAAGUCUGUUUGCUUGAUAUAAGAACAGUGGGGGUUGGGAAAAUAAUAAAAAAAAAACCUGAUACUAGCCAAUUUUGGAUUAAAGUGUCUGACAAAAUGCAUAAAAGUCUACUAAUAAUGUUAGUCAAGUUUUUUUUUUUUUAGCACUAAAACCGUUUUUCACCCCUUCUCCAACCUUUAUAAUCAAACGUGCUACUGUACCUCUUAUUAAACAAUGACCUCUUCACAUGUGAAAUUAAUUACAACAUUUAUGUUUGUCACAACUAAUGCAUUUAGGCUUUGCUGUCAGAUCCAUCCUUCAAUUUCAGCCUCCUUGCAGUGUGCAUUACAUUGACACAACAUCACAAAACAAUCUGUGCUGAAAUGUGCCGAAAUGACUCAAACUGAAAUGAUCAGGGACCUUUUUUUAAAAAAACUUAGCAGCACAAUGUUUGUCAGACUUUCCUCACAAUUUACGCUUAUCGUUAGAAUAAAGUUGUGUAACCUACUUCCUCCUUAUUACCUCAGUGUGACUGGAUGGGCCAAGUUUCUGAACACUGAAUAGCACUGACAUGCAAAUAUGGAUGGUCAUGUGUUGAAGUACUCAUCCUUUUGAGAGCAUGUACUAUGGUAAUUAUGCCAUCUAGUGGUUUCAAACAUGAGGAUAGGUUAAUAUUGACUGACUGAUUGUUUAAGAAUAACUUAUUUAAUUAUUUAAUUAUUUAAACUGAAAAAUAUAAUAAAAAUUAUAAUUAAAACAAUACACUUUUAUACUGUCUAAUAAUCUAAUAUUAACUAUUGGCCUAUUAUCAAAUGUGUGUAAUGGAGCACUUUUUUUUUAGGCCCUAGAAAAAUUCAUUGAUCACAGCUGAUCAAAAUGAUAGUAGAGGCAAUGAUGAAUAUUUAUGCUCUCAGUUAAUGUUGUGCACACAUGUUAAGUCUCCUGUGUGUUGUGGUUGUACAGAGACAGUUCCAAACUAAAUUGUGCCCAAGAUAAAAAAUGACCAAAACAGCGAUUGCGAGUGGGUUGGCCAAUGAGGUGGCCAGGCUUCGGUCCAUGGUGGCCACAGCCACCUCAAACACCCCCUAUCUCCACCACUGUUUAUAUGUUGUAAUUUUUUAUAUGUAUAUAUGCUUUGAAAUUUAAUUGAAUAAUUUCAGUUCCUGUUAGCAAAAAAAAAAUAAAUAAAUAAAUAAAUAAAAUGCUUUGAUAUUUUUGUUGCCUUUUACAUUUUUGCAGUUUCAUGACUUUUAAACUCUUUUCAUUUUGCUAUACAAUACAUAAUACUGUAAUACAUGUUAAAUAAACAUAUGUUGUGGUAGGAUGUCUUUUUAUAUAGUAUUUAAAUCAAUGAACAUCUAACUUCGCACACCAUUUUUUCCAUUUCAUUGACUUUGCUAUAUAGUAUUUUUUUUUAAUAUAUAUUCUUUUUAAAUGAGUGUGAAUAAACAGCAGGCUACUAUUGUAACAUAUUACCCCUUUUAGUGUGACCAAAUCUUUUUCACAAUCAGCCAAAAUUAAUGACAUUAUGACAUGCUUUAACAGUAAAAUCAAACAUAAUUUUACAUUAUUUGUUGUAAAGUGGAUGCAACGGCUCGCCUGUUUUUCAGUAUAACAUAUAGUCUAAUGUUUAUUUAGUUUCAAUCAUUCUGUCAUACAGCUAGUACAUAGAAUAGAUCCCUGUGGUUGAAUACAGCACUGAUUUGUUGUUGUUGUUGUUGUUGUUGUUGUUACAGCUUUUGUUUUGUUGUUACUAGAGUUUUAUUGUCAUUUGUCCUGUGCAUGAAGUAAGGAGAUUAUAUCAAAUUUGGUCUGGUGCCACUUAUAGUUUCUCAACAGGCCCUACCGAUGCAAAAACCAAAUUCAGCAUCUGGGUCUUUUUAAUUGUUAACAGAAUGUUUGAAGAACAUCUUUGUUUUCUAGAUUUAUUUGAGUGAAUGAUAUAGUGGAACCCUCUUUUGUAAGCUUUGAUAGCUUUGAGGUCCAUCUGAUAGCAGAUAACGUCUCGGUUAAGUAUGUAACCUUGGUUCCCUGAGACGAAGGGAACGAGACAUUGCGAACGCUGGCCGCACUACAAGACUCAGAGUUCUUCUAAGGUGCGAGCGAUGUCCCUCCUUGUCCCUAAGUCAGAAAAUUCUGAGGAAUGGUGUUUGUGCACCUGCUUUUAUAGCAGACAGCUUCGCGCCUAAAAGGGUGGGGCUCAAACACCAUAGAAUAUUGCCGUUAUUGUAGAGAGGUUUCAACUAGGUCUUGUGGAAGGCAGCUCCCCAUAUGCGCUAGCACGCAUGUCUCAUUCCCUUCUUCUCAGGGAACCGAGGUUACAUACGUAACCGAGACGUUCCCUUACGACUCAGUACACUUGACAUUGCGUGCUAAUGCAUAUGGGAAACAGAAUCCUAUCACGCCGCAAUACACAACAUAACCUUCCAGAGAGGAAACAUGAUGCCACAGUCCCGCGGGACGGCAACCGAUAUGAGUAUGCCGCAAGUGAGUGACCCUCAUGUUGGGCCAGGAGGGGAGCACUCAGAAUAAAUUUAUGAACUAUAGUCAUAUAGUAUGAAGUUACCCCUUCAGGAACCCAGUCGGGAAGGGAGUUUAUUUAUAAUGAAAGUGCUUGUGACUUUAUGGUAAAUUACAACGACCUGAUGUAGGUGGUUGUGUAAAAUGAUGGGGAGCCUGUACUUAAGGGGAGGGGCAUGAGUAUAUGUUUGGCAAAUGAAAUAGCAAGUGCUCUAAACAGAGAGGACUUGUGAAGAGAGAGACUAGGUUGUAAAACCUUGCAAAUGUGUUUUGAGAAGACCAUCCUACUGCAAAAUAUAUGUCUUGUAAAGACACACCGUUCGUCCAUGCCCAUGAGGAGGCCAUGCCUCUAGUUGAGUGUGCUUUAACACCAAUUGUGCAGAUCUUACCCUGCGACUCAAAAGCAAGGGCAAUCACAUCAACGAUCCAGUGAGAAAGUCUUGCUUGGAGACGGACAUUCCUUUUAUGCAUCCUCCAUAGCACACAACGAGCUGAUCAGACAGUCUGAACUGGCGGGUGUGCUUAACAUAUGCAUGUAGCACCCGCACAGGGCAUAACAAAUGCAAGGAUUGUUCCUCAUCCGAAUUAAAUGGAGGAGGGAAGAAAGCUUGAAGGUGAACCACCUGCGCUCUGAAGGCUGUGGUAAGAACCUUAAGCACAUAACUUUUUCUGGGUUUGACAGUGGCUUUUGAAAGACCGGGGCCAAACUCCAGACAUAAAUUGUCAAUUGAUAGUUUUACUGAGGCCAGAGCCAGCAGUAGUGUGGUCUUAAUGGAGAGCAUGCACAAAUCAACAGAGUCCAAAGGCUUGAAGGGGGCCCCUGUGAGCACUUUUAGGACCAAAGUUAGGUCCCAAGUCAGGACUGUAACCGGCUGAUGUGGAUUUAAUCAUCUUGCUCCUCUAAGGAACUUUAUGAUUAAAUCAUACUUGCCUAGAGUGGCACUGGCUUCAGGUGCAUGAUACGCAGAUAUAGUUGCCACAUAAACUUUGAGCGUUGACGGAGUGAGACCUGCGUCUAAUCGCUUUUGAAGAAAUAUGGGGUAGUUUACUGACACCAGUCAGUGAACACAUUCCAUUUUAACACGUAGAGGCAUCUUGUGGAUAGCGCUCUGGCCUGUAAAAUGGUGUUCAUGACUGAAUGCGUCAGUUCUGAUGCGUUUAGUGCGCUCCGUUCAGGGGCCACACAUGCAGGUUCCACAGCUUGGGCUGGGGAUGCCAGAUUGUGCCUCGUGCCUGAGAGAGGAGAUCCCUCUUCAGCGGUAUUUCCCGUGACAAGCUGUAUAACAUCUCUAUAAUUUUCGGAAACCUUGACUUUGGUGGAAUUAACAGAACUGUUUACAUGUCCUCUUGGACUUUGCUGAUGACAAAAUGAAGGAGGUGCACCUGGAGAAGCGCAUACUUGCGUUUCGCUGGCUAUACGUGGGCCAGCGUGUCAUGGCAACAUAUAUACGUCACUACGGUUGUGUUGUCUGAACAAAUCAGAAUGUGGUGAUUCACAAUAUCGUAAUGAAAAGCUCUCAAAGCUAGAAAAACAGCCAGUAGCUCUAGGCGGUUGACAGGUCAUGGCCGUUUCGCACCUGUUACCAGGUGUCGAAAGUUGGGCGUCCAUUACACACCGUGCCCCAAUCUGUGUUGGAUGCAUUUGUGGUCAGCACUUUCUUUCUGAAAACCUGACCCAGCAUAACACCCUGUUGGUAGAAGGCUGGCACUGUCCAUGGUGCUAGAGCAGCCAGACAGUGGCGAGUUACCGCAAUGCGCAGGAAAAUAAAAUGACUUCAGUGGUAAUGUUUUUUCAGUUUGAACUGAAACAGACACCGAAGAAUGGUCUGUAUGCACUCGUUCAUGAGGUACACACGCAUGAACUCCUAAAAAAGAGAUUUACUGGCUGGGGAAAAGUGUGCUUUUCGCAAGUUGACAUUAGACCAGAUUUUCCAUAUGGCAAAGCAGCAAGUCUUUGUGUUCGCUCAGUAGUGCCUCUGAUUAUCUAGUAAUAACCUAUCACUGAGGUAAUUCAAAACACACACCGUUCAUUUUCAAUGGGGCGAGCGCCACACCGAUACAUUUCGCAAACAAGCGAAGAGCCAGAGACAGACUGAAAUUAAGAACUUGAAAUUGAUACGCAGUUCCCUCAAAUGCGAAUCUAAAAAGCUGCCUGUAACGCAGUGCAAUUGGUACAUGAAGUACAUGUCUUUCAGAUCUAUUGAUGCAAACAGUCCUGAGGACGGAUGUGCGAUAAGAUCUGUUUCUGAGUUAAAAUUUUUAUGGGUGCAUCACGAGCGCACGAUUCAAGCCUCAGAACUAGAAUGGGCUGAAUCCCGACGUCCUUCUCCAGAAUGAGGAAUAAACGGCUGUAUAUCCCACUGUGUGUAUCGCAGUCUGUGCACGCAACACUGGCAUUUCGUGUGGUCAGACCACAGAUUGUGCUCGAUCAGCAGGCUUAUUAAUUCAUAUGAAACAAACCUCUAUUGCGUUCUUUGCGAGAAGGUUGUGUAUUUCGGCUCGUAAACACUGGCACGUCUUCGGACGGAACCAUAGAAGACAGAACACUGUUGAAAUGGGGCGGCCGACGUGCAAAUUGGAUUGUAUGUUCGAUCGUUUUUUAGCAUCCAGUCGGAAUGCCAGUAAGAACUCACCACGCGUCCGCAUAACGGGACAGAGGGCAAUUUGGUAUAUUCAUAACAUGAUAUAAUGCGCCGCUCACCAUCGGGAAGCAGUUGCGAAUAAUGUGAGGCUUUGAAGUGGAAAAUCCCUUUAUUGAAAAGUGUGAGCGUCUCGUGCAUGUGCAACGAGCGUUGUAAUCUUUUUUCAAUCUUUGUAAUUCAUUACAAGGUAUAAUGUGCCGCUCACCAUUGGGAAGCGGUUGUGCAAAAUAUGUAGGCUUUGAAGUGGGAAAGCCCUUUAUUGAAAAAGUGUGAGCUCUCCUGCAAUUGCUGUACUCUUUUUACAAUCUUUGUAUGUUCAUAUAUGAUAUAAUGCACUACUCACCAUUGGGAAGCGGUUGUGCAUAAUGUGCAAACUUUAUUGCAUGUGAUUAAUGUGAGACACAGAAAACAACAUAUUGAACAAUAUUGUGAAUAACAAUAUUCCUUUUCCUGACAAACAGCAGUGGGGAAGAGUGUAACAGUAUUGUGUGUCAGGAGCGCUUUGCAACUUGGGUGAGGGGGACAUUUUCCGUCGGCUGCCUUCAUUUGGGCCAUGGCUUGCGUAUCUUUACCAACAGGCAGCUGGUGUGGGGAUUUUAGCCGGGCACUGGACUGAGACAGAGCGGGAGCUAGCCGGUUGUGAUGAAGUACUGCUCUGUAGCGCUCAGCAAUUCUAUUCACAGAGCCUCCGAAAAGGCCGGCUGGAGACACCGGAGCAUCAAAUAGAGCGGCUUUUCCCACGUCACGCAUUUCCAUGAGGGUCAGCAAGAUGUGAUGAUCCAAAAACACCAGGUUGCUCAUUGACUUGCCAAUGGCCUGUGCAGUGACUUUCGUGGCUCACAGCGCUAAGUCCGUAGCGGUGUGGAGCUCUUUGAACAUCUCUGGAUCAUAGCCUUGCUCAUCCAUUUGUUUGAAGAGCUUAGCUUGGAAAACUUGGUGCACCAUCAUAGCGUGGAGUGCUGAACCAGUUUGGCCCGCCGCCGAAUAUGCUCUUCCAGCCAGUGCGGAUAUUAGACGACAUGGCUUAGAAAGAUGAAAGGGACGUUAUUUCCAUGCCCUGCUACCACCUCUUUCUGGGGGGGUGGGGUUUCUUCCCCGUGAUCCACAUAGGAUAGGAUGUAAUCGCUGCACGGGAAAGCUGAAUAAGGCACGCACAAGGAUUUUGACAGUUCGUUAUGAACUUCAGGGAAGAACGGGGCAGAUCUACUUGACAACAUCCGGACUGCAGGAACCAUUCAUCAAGGUGAGAUUGUGUAGGUUCCUCUUGAGGAGACCACUCGAUAUUGAGCUCUUCGACCGGCCCUGAAAGGAUGAAAAGCAUCUCCUUGUCAGUGGCACAUACACGCUCUUUGCCCUCACUGGGGGGAAGGGCGGUAGCAUCAUCCACUGACCGCUUGCCUGAUGCAGUGAGAGAGCACACAUCACGCACAUAAUGUAUCGGCAUAGACACGUUGCAUGAAGAAUGAGGGGCUCGCAGGGUGUGUGCCGGAACGAGGUCCACCUCAAAUUCAUCCUGCUCUAACUUGUGGCCCCACCGUGACUCCUCCUGUGAUCCCUUGGGUGUCACAGAAGAGGUGGGUGGGAGGGCACGUUAGGCUAAAUCAUCCCUCAGAACGAGGGCGAUUCACGAGUGAAGCAUCUUGAGACUCAUGCCCUCGCAGUGAGUCUGUCUCCAUGAGAGCUGACUCUGCGUGGGUGUGGCCCAGACAGAGAAUUCAGCUCUCAUGCUGAUCUGUCGGCGGGAUGUGCCUCUCGCACAAGGAACACUUACGGAACGACAUCUUUAAAAAGACGAGAACAUGUAAGCAACUAUAUACACACAAUAAUCAAUAUAUAAUUGAUUUAUAAGGAUACACAACACCUGCCGAAGCGCUGCAGGGAAUCAGGAUGCUGAAGCGGCCCAUUCACCAGCGAAGCGGCAAGCAGCAAGGUGGAGUGAUGUUCACUGGAGCACUGCAGGAGAGCGGAGAGUCUUCUCAUUGCCAUAAAGUUUCCGCCCACUGACUCGUGUAGUCAACAGCGAAGCAGUAGAGGGCUUCUAGACGAAAGAUAAAUCGCUGUCUUGAAGGAAGAAAAUUCUGAGGAAUGGUUUUUGUGCACCUACUUUUAUAGCGGACAGCUGCUCGCCUAAAAGGGCGGGGCUCAAACACCAUAGCCAAUAUUAGAAUUUUGCCAUUAUUGUAGAGAGGUUUCAACUAGGUCAUGUGGAAGGACACUCUCCAUUUGCAUUAGCACGCAAAGUCAAGUGUACUGAGUCGUAAGGGAACUGUGAUGUAGUGAUGUUUUUAAAUUCCCAUAACUAAAAGCAUACACCAGGCAAUAAGUCUUGUGACAUUUUCAUGGGGAAACAUGUGUCAAGUUCUAAUUCUCAACCAUAUUUGGUGAUUUGGUGUUGCAUCUACAGAAGUCAGUUUAUAUAAGUGUUUCUUGUUUAUAUAUGUUAUCUUACCCAAUACUGUAUAUUAAGUGAAAAAUCUUUCUAAAUGUACAGAAGUACAUAAAACUCAUCACAGCUUUAGUGUUCUACACUUACAUUUUCCACCAAAUUAACUUGAUAAGCAUCAUAAUAUGAGCUGUUCAGUAAACAUCAUGACUGUGACCUCAUCAACAUGAGAUAACAGUUGUGAGCAUAAUGAUUUUGGUCAAUGCUGACCAUUAUAACUGUCAGGGCUGAAGACAGGGGGCCCGGGGCGUGAGUUCACCCAGUACACUGCAGCUCUGCUGGCCUUUUGAGGAGGAGAUGUGGCUCUGUGUUGCUAUGACAACCCUGAUGACCCUUGGAGUGAGGAAAACUCCUUGGGCUUUGCCUCGUCCUAUCCAUGACAUGGGCAGUUUUGACAAGAUCAUGUGAAAGAUGAAGAACCUCAGGCUUGCUAAAGUUGAGUGUUAGAAACAACUGUGUAUGCUAAGUGCUUGUGUCUGCAUACAUGCAACAGUUGCAUGCAGCAAGUCCUGUAGAACUUUGGGUGUUUGGGCGCUCUUUAAACAAACAAUGCACAAGAAAAUCAGUUGAAAGAUAAAUGUUUAAUUAUUAGAGGUGUUUGCUAAUGCAAGCAUAUUACUAUUGCUCAUACUUAAGGGCCGUUUACAUCCUGCUAGAUACUUGCAGCAACAAUGCGAUCUGAUCUCAUUCAUUUUCAACAAGAGCUGGCAACUUCCAGUGGCAGGAGCAAAAGCGUUAAAUUAAUAAUGUUAUGUAUGUCAAGCUACAUGCUAAAGUAAGAUAUGUUUACAUUUAUGCAAACAAGGAGUAAUUUCAUCAGUGACUACCAAUGGGAUUGAAGACAGUGGAGCUCACGUCAUCCCCCUCCAGUUGAUGUUGCUGUGAAUGAUUUCACUGUUGUGCAUAAUUUGUCUGUAACCAUGUACAUGAAAAAAAUAUACAAAAUUAUAAAUUAAAAAUGUAUGCGUGGAAAACCAUGUCAGAAAUUGUUGCCAUUCUGAGUUUGAUUUAUACAUUGAUACAGUAGAUCAUUCAUCUUGUUGAUGAUAUGAUGCAUUAAGCAUUGCUGUAGUUUACAUAAAACACUUUCCCAUUCAGAAUGUUCAUUUUUUAGCAGCAAAUUAGAAUGAUAUCUUAUUUUGCUGGUAAUAUAUCUAAUUUGUAAUCAGUUAUGCAGCCUAGUAAUAACGUAAGGGUUACCAGCAGUAGGAACGGCAACUAGCAGCAAAUAGUACAGAAACUGGAGACAUUCAGUGGUUUUGCUGGUGAUGUGACCGGUGCUUUAGAGUUAGUGAUUUGAAUACAUUUCUAGGUGUAGCUCGUCCUAUACUGUUUGCUACGGAUAUGAAUGAUACCUCAAAUCUUAGCUUGAUGAAAAGUGUGCCAUGUAAUCAAACUUGGAAUUUUUACCUGGCAGACGAAAUCUCAUAAACCUACAUUGAAAGAGGGACCCGAGUCAUAUCUAGGGUCUAUAAAAGUUAAAGCAUCCGAAGAAUAGUGCCCUGCGAGCAUGCCGGGAGUUCAUCCUCUUAGCGGAGCCAACAUACUUUACAUUUUUAUGGUUGGUCCAGACAAGGAAGUGAAUGGCUGAGCCCUCCAACCAGUGGCACCACUCCUCCAAAGCCAACUUGACAGCCAACAACUUCCUGUUACCGAUGUUGCAGCUCUGCUCAGCUGGGCACAUUUGGUCGGAGAAGAAGGGACAGGGGUAGACUUUGUGGUCUUUAGGGGACCGCUGGGAGAGGAUUGCAUCAAAUUCAGCCUUGGAGGCAUCGACCUCCACAAAGAACUACCUCUCAGGGUCGGGAAAACAGAGAAUAGGAGCAGAAGAGAGGCCUCAAGAGAGUUAAAAGUGGCCUGAGACUUAGGUGACCAGAGAAAACGUGACUUUAUGGAGGUGAAAGCAGUCAUGGGGUCAGUCAGCUGACUGUAGUCUUUAACAAAGAACUGGUAGAAGCUAGCGAACACAGGAACUGCUGUUGCACCUUGCAGGAGGUAGGAGUCAGCCACCUAGAAACAGCCCUAACCUUUGCUGGAUCCGACACUGAAUUCUGGGUCCAACAAGGAACGGAACCAAUUGUGGGUGGACCGAGCACUUCUCUGCCUUGAUAUCCAGUGGAUUCUUCAGCAGCCAUUGCAGCACUUGCCUGGUGUGCUGGAUGUGUACCUGAAGAGACAGAGAAAAGAUUAGAAUGUCAUCCAGGUACACAAACUGGUUAACCAUAUCCCUUAGCACAUCAUUGACAAGGGCUUGGAAGACAGUCGGGGCGUUGGUCAACCCAAAAAGCAUGACCCGAUAUUCAACCUGCCCUGUGGGAGUAUUCAAAGUCAUCUUCUAUUUGGGCUGCCAUCGCCAUGGCCUGCUUGAUUGAUUUUCAUGGUGGCCGAGGAGUGCAUUCUGCAACUGGACUGCCGAUCUCACCGGGUUUUCAACAGCCGAGUCCAUAUUGGCCAGAUCUAACUGCCAGAAAAUGGCCCUGCAAUGACUCAAAUGAAGGCUCAAUUAAAAAGAGGAAACUGUUUGUCAUGUUAUGGGUGUGACUUAAUGUAUUGAUGUUAAAUUAAUAAUGUUAUGUAUCAGUGAGAAACUGAUGUCCAAAGUGUACUUUUAAAGGAUUAUAAUGUGCUGAGACAGAAUGGGCCAUAUGUUUGUGGACUUAUGAAUUGUUUACACUAACAUCGGAUUACAUGGACGAUUAAUUGUGUGUUGAGGAGCGCAGGUGUGUUUUCCAAAGGAGGAGGGGAGCAGAGGUGGGUAGAGUAGCCAAAAACUGUACUCAAGUAAAAAUACAAUUGCUUUAAAAAAAUAAUUACUCAAGUAGAAGUAAAAGUACUAACAUAAAUACUUACUUGAGUAAGAGUAAGAAAGUAUCCAAUUAAAAGAGUACUGAAGUAGUGAGUAACUCGUUACUUUCACAAAUGACAUAAUGGACGUUAUGGCUGAGCUAUCACUUUAGAGGGAUAGUUCACCCAAAUAUUCUCUCAUCAUUUACUCACCCUCAUGCCAUCCCAGAGGUGUAUGACUUCCUUUCUUCUGCAGGACACAAAUUAAGAUUUUAGAAUAAUAUUUCAGCUCUGUAGGUCAGUACAAUGCAAGUGAAUGGUGACCAGACAUUUCAAGCUCCAGAAAUCACAUAAAGACAGCAUAAAAGUAAUCCAUAAGACUCCAGAAGUAAAAUCCAUAUCUUCAGAAGUGAUAUGAUAGGUGUGGGUGAGAAACAGGUAAAUAUUUGUCAUUUUUUGCUAGACAUUCUUCUCCCGGCCCAGCAGGGGGCGAUAUGCAGAGACGAAUGUGAAUCACCAAAAACACAAGAAGAAGAAUGUGAAAGUGAUCUGUUUAUCUGUUUCUCAUCCACACAUUCUCAUAUCUCAUCACUUCUGAAGAUAUUGAUUUAACCACUGGAGUCUUAUGGAUUACUUUUAUGCUGACGUACGUGAUUUUAUUUAUUUAUUUAUUUAUUUUAAAUGUUGGCACCCAUUCACUUGCAUUUUAUGGAACAAAAGAGCUGAAAAAUUUUUCUGAAAAUCUUCACUUGAGUUCAGCAGAAGAAAGAAAGUCAUUGUGGCUGAGUACAGGGGUGAGUAAAUGAUGAGAGAAUUAGCAUUUUUGGGUGAACUAUUCCUUUAAGGGCUCUUGUCAGAUCUGGAUGAAUUUGUCAAUAAGAAGAGAGGUUGGGAAACAUUUCAACCCCAGUCGCGGAACACUCGCUGUGUCUGAAACCACCCCCUAUCCACUGUAUAAUGUACUAUUUUGGGUGUCCGCCAUUUUGUAGGAGUGUCUGAAUUCUGAGUGAGCCACUCGUUCCCUACUUUUGUUCACUCAUUCUUACCCACAAUGCACUCUAAUUUUGAGUGUACACUUGAUGUACACUUGACAAUGGUUUAAUUGCCCAUAACCCACCGCGGGGAAGACAUACGAGCUGGGAGUUUAAAGCGUCCUUCACACUUGCAAUGUUUUAAUUCAUGUAUUAAAUUACUUUUGACAAAUUAUUACAUGAGAAAAAUAACAUACUAACAUAUAGAGAGGCAAAACAUACAGAUACAUUUUAAAAUGUACUAAUUAUUUAUAAUUAUACAGAAUUUUCCCAUUAAGCUGAAGAAUUCUUUAUUUACUAAAUAAUUCACUGAGGUGAUAUUAUUUUAACUCAGGAGACUGCACACAGUGGAUAUGUUAAUUUUGUGGGUGUUUUAAAUAUUCAGUUAUAACAUGUAGGUUAUGAUUACUUUGGUGCUGUUUAUGGUCGGAUGAGGGCGCUAUACACCCAGAAACACUACCCAGCUUGUAUUAAAGUUUAAAGAUACUAAAGUAUAACAAAUAAAUACAAUAAUGUACAUUUAAUAUGUUUAAUCUUUAUUUGAACAUAUAUAUUAAAAAUGACAAACAGAAUGAAGAUUUAUUGUAUUAAUAUAUUAUUUAAUAAGAAUAAAAAGUAAGGCCCAAGUAUUGUAAAAGUUCAUAUGUGACGUUGUUUCUGCGAUAGCUCCAGAGCUCCGACUCAUUUCGUUCAGUCACUGUUGAGAUAUAGAGCACUAACUGCCAUUCACUAUAUAUGAAAUAGUGAAUGACUGAACGAUUUCGGACACAGCCACUCUCUUCGCAUACGAUCGCCUUGCGCCUGCACAUCUCUCAUGCGCGCGCCCCGCGCAUCUCACUUUGCACGCACAGAAAUGCUGUCUGUUCACGCUCCAGUUGUCAAUCACGCUAACUUGGAUGUUUACAUGGAUUUAUUCAGUUAAUCAGCCCGAAGUAGCUGCGAUAGUUUCCAGUACCCCCGUGAGGGUGUGGGGUAAAUGCAUAAAUACUGCCAUGACAUGGGACAAAGCGCACUGAUAUAUUCCUGCACUGAUUAAAAAAUGUACACUUAAAAACUGAUGUCAUAAGAGCCCAUAUUUACAGAAUAACCCUGAAAAUGACCAUCACCAUGUCACAGAAAACACGUGUUAUCAUUAGAACCACAACUUACCUCAGAGUGCUGCCUUAAGUUGGAGCUUCAAUUUUAAUCUUGAAAUAUCCACUUGUCUUGGUGUUAAAUGAAGGCACUAUUCUUUUUUCAGUGUGUGGAGCGAAGAAAGUGUUUCACUUUGAAGAGCUUGAUGCUGCAGCAGUGAUGGACUUGGCUUGAGUGACAGUCUGUGACAGCGUGCGCAGCUGUGUGAACUUCUGCUGUCGUAAAAGUCCCAUUCAAUAAUCACUCAAUAAAUAACGCAUUAAUCAAAAUUAAACCCAGUAAUGUAAUGACAGGAACCAUUGUAAUGAAAUAAAAGAAACAAUUUUCAUUAGAAAUUUACAUGAGUGAGUGUAAAAAGCACCCACUUCUAAACCUACUCUAAAAGUAAUUUUUUUUUUCUCAAAAAGUUACUCAAGUAAAUGUAAUGGAGUAAAUGUAGCACGUUUCUACCCACCUCUGGAGGGAAGGGAUGGAACCUUCUACUGAUAGAUAGUAUAAGUGGAUAGUUAGGACCCAGACUGAAUUACCUGAGUUAUUAAAAGGAUGAGGACAAGCUGGAAUUCGGCCUGAGUGGAUGGAUCAAUGUGUGUUAAAUACUCUUCAAAAGAUUUGAUACAUGCCAGGGCUUUGGUGUGGAGAUGCAAUUUGAGUUUGUUCCCAGCAUGUGCCAGGGAGACGACUUGAUGGGAGCAGUUGGAACGGGUGUCUGGAUCAAUGCACAUUGACUAUAAUUUAAGGAAUGUAAUACUUACAGUACUCGUUGCGGGUGCAUGAGUUAGAGUACAGUUUGCAAGAUGACUCUUUCUUCAUUUGAUGCUUCAUCUCCCCUAGUUCACGUGGAAGAGAAGGACACCCGGUUCUUAAAUAUUCUUUCUGUGGGAACUUCACCCAAGUGGCAUCUGAGGAUAGCAUGGGACUAUAUUUUUGUUGCAUUCAUUGGGACUGACAAAUGCGACAGACCAACAAGAUGAUGAAACACACAAAGCAGCACAUGACAGUCUGGCACAGGACAAAUAGAAGGGAAAAACAAAUCAUUACAAACAAGUAACAGAUGCUGAGAUGAGAUGAUGAUGAGAUGCUCAUCAUGAGAUGAGCACAUGGCACAAAACUGGGUUGGUCAGUCUGAAGUCAUGACAGGGGUGGGCACUUUUGACUUGGAACUGUAUGCAACCACCCAGAACACCCUAGCGUAGUGGCAGAAUAAGCAUGGGGAAGCACUAUUCACAUUUUCUUCUGAAAAUGGAAACAUUCAAUCUUAUAAUUUGCUGUUGACUUCAUGAUGUAGCGUGUCUAUUUAUCUGUCACAUUACUGUUAAAAUGUAAUCCAGCUACAGUGAAUGGGACAGCCUGUGUCUGUUAAACUGCUGUUUAUGAAUUAUUAUUCGUACUGGGCUCAAGGAAAUGGAAAAUAGACACUUAUCUGGAAAACCUCUCUUGUAUUUUUUUUUCUUCUCAUCUGACAUUUGCAGAUGUUGAGAUAUGACAGAAGACCUUGACCAAGCAAGAAAUGUUCCUAAGUAACAGACUUUUCAGACUUUAACAUAUAUAUAUAUAUAUAUAUAUAUAUAUAUAUGUAAAAUUACAAGCUGUAAUGUUAUAGCCGCUAUCCAUGGUAGUCCAUGGCUAACUUGCUCACUAACUCUCUAAUACAUCCGGUAACGCGGGAGUAAGCCUCUGUUCUCUGUUCAUAUCUAAGGCAAAUAAAGUUUGGCUAUACCCAUUCCAGCAAAAGAUGACUAACUUAGACACACUAUGUGUCUUUUACUUGAAGCUUUGUUAGGUUCACAAUAAUCAACAGUGAACUUGUAAGAAAGUUACAAAAUUAAAACUUACCACUGUGAAACUGCUUUCUCCAUGAGGGUCACCCCUCUGCUGCUUUCUCCAGAAGGGGCAUGCUGCUCUCUCCCCUGCUGCCAAAAAAAGGGAGGGGCACCCUUCUGCUGCUUUCUCCACGAGGGGCAUGCUGCCCUCUCCCCCACUGCUAAAAAAGGGGAGGGGCACCCCUCUGCUGCUUUCUCUACGAGGGGCAAUCUGCUGUCUCCCCCAAGCUGCUCAACUUAAUUUACAGUCCUGGCUGAAAUCGAGUGCAAGCGUUAGUUCAGUCAGGCCACGAGAGGCAAACUCAGCAUCAGCUGACACCCAGCUGACCUACUUCCUCCAAUCAUAGUAGUCUAUCUAUCAAUGACAGCCUAUAUAUAUAUAUAUAUUCAACACAGCAUUCUUGCCAGCCAAGCCAAGCACGUGACAACAACCCACAACAAGCUACCUUCCAUAUGCAUUAUUCUCCACUGAUAAAGGUGCACUCAGUAAUUCUAAUCCAAUACACUUUUUGUCAAAUUCUGCAAAUAUCUCCUCAUGGUCUUCUAGCGGUCCAUUCUGUGGGUGGGCUGAAAAAAAAUCUAGUAUUUGUACACAGCCCUGGCUCCAAAAACAAAGUUGAACAGACCGAUCCAACACUACUCCAGCCAAUCAGCAACAGGGGGUGGUUCUUGUGCGUGCACAGGAUGAGGGUGGGGCAGAGUGAGAGGAAAAUUAAUUAGAAGAGCGAUGGCAAAUCUGGCUGAUGCGAACUUUCUAAACUCCAAGGAGGACAAAUGGCUGAGAAACAGACCAAGAGAAAAAGGUCAGAUGAAUAUAAACUAAAAAAGAAGGAUUAUGAUAAAUCGAGGGCUAGGAGCUGUGUCAACAUCGGUGAGGCUUUUCAGCAGUGGAGAGACCUCCGAGAGGUAAAAGGCUUGAAGACGGAUGCAGAAGUUGUUCUUUUUCUUCUCGAUAGGUGGGUAACACUCGUGUGCAUGAAUUUGGGGGGCGGAGCUUCCAAAGGAGCACUGAAGGGAGGGGUGUGCUUGUUUUGGCAGUUGAGUUCGAAUAUCAACAGUGUUUCUCAGGAAUCGCUGAGUGCACCUUUAAAGGUUUAUAGCUUUAGCCGGCCUAGUUCUGUGCACUUUUCUGUUUGUUGCUUUAUGUUCCAGGUGACAGCCAUCAUGACCAGAUCUUCUAAGGAGCCCAGAUGCAUCACCUUCCAAGAUACCCCUCUUCAGAUCAGGAGUCUCCUUUCCUUGGAUAUUUUGCCAAAUGUUAUGCUUUCCUUGCUGAUGGUUCCUGUAUGGGAGGGGUUCUUGAAGAGCUUCCCUCUACUUCCUUUAAGAGCAGGAGAAGAACCCUCCACAUAAAAUUAUUGUAUCUAACAUACAAUAAAUUGUUUAUUGCCAAAGUG